AUGACGAAGAUUCAGUUGGUGCGGUUGGGCGUUGCACUGAUAGUUGUGUUAGCUUGUCUGCUGGCCCCACCGGUACACGCGGAUGAACUUUUGGACGAGCUGUUAAACGAAUUUGACGAUGAGGACGAGGCGCUGCUGCGACACAUCGAGGCCAAACAUGUGAGCAACGACUAUGAGCAGGAGGAUCAGAUGGCACGCGAACUGGCAGCCCGUAUUGCGGCCGAACACUACGGCCACCAGGGACAGGAAGAGGAGGAUACCUUGCUCGAUGGUCGUGCACCGCGUCUGAUCGAUCCGUGCAAGGGUGUCCGGUGUGGUGCCGGUCGCGUCUGCAAGGCGAACAUUGCGGAGCAGCGUGGUGAGUGCGUGUGCAUCCCGGAAUGUCCGAGCGAGACAGAUCCCCGGCGCAAGGUGUGCACCAACCGAAACGAAACUUGGGACUCGGCGUGUGAGGUGCAUCGUCAGCGUUGCCUGUGCAAUACACGUGAUCAGGCCUGCCGACACGAGGAGCUACGCCACGUGCACAUCGAUUACUAUGGCACUUGUCGCGAAAUGCCUGAAUGCAGUGAGAACGAUCUUGCCGACUUCCCGCGCCGUAUGCGUGACUGGCUGUUCAACGUAAUGCACGACCUGGCAGUGCGCAACGAGCUGCCGGAAGCGUACAUGGAGCUGGAACACGAGGCCGAAACGAACAUGACGAAGCGCUGGACGAACGCCGCCAUCUGGAAGUGGUGCGAGCUGGAUGGACAUCCGCACGACAACACCGUCUCCCGACAUGAGCUGUUUCCGAUCCGGGCACCGCUAUUCGCGCUGGAGCAUUGUAUCGCACCGUUCCUCGAAAGUUGCGACCCAAACCGGGACCAUCGCAUCUCGCUCCAAGAGUGGGGCAAAUGUUUGGAGCUGGAGGAGGACGAUCUGACGGCACGCUGUGCGGAGAUUUCGAAGGAGGACGAGCUUAACACGUCCGAGCCGCAUGAUGCGUUCGUCUAA